AUGGAAGCAAUGGAUCCAUCCAAGACCAGCCCUGCAGAUCGUGAUGCAAUUCUUAGUAGGCCUUUGUCGGCAGAUAUUCUUUACGCAUACAUUGGAUUGGUAUGGCUUGUACUGCAAGAGCAAGAGCGGUUACUAGAAGAAACGUUUUGUGAUUGGGAACAGUCUCGAGUUGGACAAUCCUCCAAAGCCAGCAAAGUAUCGAAUGGUGUCCAGCAUGAGAAAAUAGCAUCAGCCUCAUCGUACUGGUACGACCCUCUUGGACUCAAAGCACUUAUUAACAUGGAAGAAAACAAAAGGCAUCCUGCUGUAAGGAGUUUUGUGUCUUGGAAGACAAAGCUGAUGGAUGGUUUGCUGACAUUCAAUAAACUAAGUCUUCAAGUUAGAGUCAAAGGGCAUGAAGCCGGACUAUCAGACUCACUAGCACAUUGGUCAAUUUUAAUUUUACAUACAGAACGAGCUGCAAUAGCAGAAAUGUCAGAAUAUGGAGUAUCUGUAGAAGCAUUGUCAGAAAGUCUUCGAUCUACGAUUGAAUCUGCCGAGAUCACCAGCAAACAGUCCAACACUCAGAACGACCAAUAUUCAUCUCAACUAAUUAGAAUAUCUCAUGUUAUUCUCUACAAUCUCAUCUUUACUGCUCUCAAAAACGUUGCUGUUAAAACCAAAGAGCUGCGAUACGAUGCCAGACUGCGCGUUCUCUUUCGGCGUUUAUCAGAUAUUAUAUUUGACACAACUGUAAGUGGCGAAUACCGCAGUCAAAAUGAACGAGACCAGAUCAAGUGUUUGGUGCAGCAGGACAUUGAACAUGGAGCAGCAGUUCAGAUUUGGAGUGAGAUCUUGGGGACUUCACGUACAGAAGAGAAAGAUCCGAGCCAAAUCAAAUCAAAACAUCCAUUAAUGAGUUGGCAAAGACUGUUUAUUGGACUAACUGGAGGAAUGGCUGCACCAUUUUUGUCGGCUGGUCUUGGAUCACUAUUUGGCUAUGCAGGAAUGACUGGUGCGAUUGCUACCGGGAUUGUUGAGGGGUUGGGAACAGCCAGUGGAGCGAUGGCCAUGUCAACACUAUUUGGUAUUACUGGGGGUAGCACCACAGCAUAUUCUUUUAGCCGCAGACUCAAAGAUAUCCAAGAUGUUGAUUUAAAACUUGUAUUUGACAGCCAUCCUAGUUUAAAUAUCAUGAUUUGUGUUUCCGGAUUUUUAUUGGAACAGCAUGACGUGGAAGAACCUUGGCUGUCACUACCAUCCAAAAUGCCAUUUACCCAUAUCGAAGCACUCCAGUUUGAACUAGACUGUCUUCAGGAAGUAGGUAAUGCUUUGCAUAAUUUCUGGAGCGUACAUAAUGCCAUGGGCACAUUAGGCAGUCGUAUGGCAUCUGGAAUUGGCGUAGAUCUACCUGUUGUCAGUAGCAAUGACGAAGAAAACUCCAAGAUGGAUACCGCGAAUCAGUCUGUAGCUACUGACUCUGUUCAGCCAAUAACUACUGAGGCUCUAUGUUUGACAGAAAAAAAAGUAUCCAACUUGACGCUGCAAUCUGAAGUGGUUCCGCGUGCCUCGUUGACAACACCCAUUCCACAACAAGGCGUCAUGACAUCGAUUGUAUCGGCCCUUGCAUGGCCGAUCAGUCUUCUUCAAAGCGGAUAUCUUGUUGAUAGUCCAUGGGAGCUUGGCCUUUUGCGAGCAGAAAGUGCUGGACAUGUACUUGCAAAAGAGAUCCUCCUUGCGCGACUUCGUGGACAUCGGCCCGUCUCACUCAUAGGGUUCUCUCUGGGUGCAGUUGCCAUCCUUCACGCAUUGCAGGAUUUGGCGAAAGCUGGAGAAGCAGGAAAUGCUGAUGCAUAUGCCAUCAUUGAUUCCGUGUAUCUUUUUGGCAUUCCCAUCAGUGGCACACCAUCCAUGUGGUUUGAAAUCUCAUCUGUAAUCAAUGGCCGUUGGGUGAAUGGCUACGCUCCAAACGACUGGAUGCUUCAAUUUUUACGCAGAAAAGUUUUGCCAGAAGCAGGAGAGCUGGAUACUGCAGGCUUGACUCCUAUUCUCAAUAUCCAACAAAUGCGCAAAGCUUUUGUUCAUUCUAGACACGAAUCCCACAAUCCACAGCAUAACCUCCAUCAUAUUCGAUCACUUGGUGAAACCCCGACAAUGCUACCUCCUCAGCAUGCUCUAUCUGCCGAUGUGGAUCUUCAUGCCGAUCCUAAACUAAAAUUAAACGAAAUUGAUAGGAAAGCAAAGUGGGUAGAAAAUAUUGAUGUGUCAAGUAUCAUUCGACAUCAUCUGGAUUAUUUGGAAUGCAUGCAGAAAAUCAUCAACCUUGUUGGAUUUGAACACAUACCAAAGCCAGUUGUGCCCACUUUUGAUCAUGCAUCACCACAGGACACUACGCCAAUUCAGCCUUUGUUUGAUGCAGAUCUCAAACUGCCUGGUGGUGGAACCGAAACUCUUGAAAAAGUUACUUUGGAAAAAAAAGCAAGCUUGAAUCAAGUGUUGUUUGAAAAUCCCUAUGCAGAGGAAAAUAUUCUUGUGAGAGGUAUUCAUGCAAGCAAUAUUUUUUCUUCAGAGGCUGACGAUGAUGCAGACGAUCCAUCACAUUCCACGGCUGCAUGGACAAAACGUGGGGCAGGAUUUGGACGCAAGUAUGAUGUAGAAAAUAUGCAAACAACUCCCAAAAGUGAUUCUGCGACCACUUCUGAUGGAAAUGAAAAGGAUUUAAACUUUUGA